AUGUCGAAAUCAUCCUCAGUCAACUCACCGUCGUUGACUCCGCAGUUUUGCUUCAACGAACGAGUCUUGCGAGAUUUCCUCCGCUUGUCCCGAUCGACCAUCGAUGAUUCAAUUACCCAAAAUAUGAAUGCCUUGUUAACGCCUGCUCGAGUCGGGUUUAAUCCAUCAUCCACCGGCGUUCGACAGUUUGAUGCAUUAAACAAAAGCAGACUCCCUGUCGAGGCGUGUGACUCUUUCAAACAGAAUGUAUUAUUUCCUUCGUGGCAAAGCAGAUCCGAUGUGCUCAAUUAUUGUGCCAUGGUGGCAACGAGCCCCGAUCCCGAGGACCCUGAUCUGGUCUCACGCCAAGUAGAGACUGCGAAAGAGCAAGAAUGUGUCGUUAAUGAGCGCUUAGAUCCGUAUUCAAGUCGAUAUUUCCCCCGGGAAGCCCGCACAGAAUCACUUGCCAACCUCGUCCGAAAUGAACGAAGCGUGGAGCAAAUCAUUCGGUCACGGAGUUGGGGCAUCGUCGGUGAAAGAUGCAAUACUAACGGCUCGUGGGAGGAUGCGUUCAAUUAUUGGAUUGAGCGUCGAAGUCCAUCUUCCGGUGAAAAAUGA